CUGAAAACUCACAGAAGUCUGGUUCUGAUGGGGGUGAGGAUUCUGGGAAUGUUUGGCCAGAGGUGGAUUUCCAGUUGGAGACAGAUUCAGAGGCUGACAGGCCUGAGCUAGAUUUCUCAAGGGAACCAAAGUCAGACUCUGAUCGGAAUGUAAUAAUUGCAGAUGUGGAGCCUCCUGACUCCCCUGCUUCUCCUGAGUUAGAUAGAAGAAGAACAAUUUGUCAACAAAGACAAGCAACUGAAUGGAGGCAUGUUCACAGCACCUCUUGACAGUGCGAGUACAUCAAUAGGUACCUCUCCAGUGGAAAGGUAACGCUCUCCAUGCAUUCAUGCCAGCCACAUGGCCUUGGAGGCAUCUACGGACAAUGCAGGCUCUUCAGUUUAGAAAUGAAGAUGAACACCACUUCCUAGAGCAGUGAUGGGCAACCUUUUGAGCUUGGUGUGUCAAAAUUCCAAAAAAACCUGAGCAUAACUUGGGUGGGGUGUCACUUCGAGAGAGAAAAACACACCAUAAUUUUGCAAUAUUUAUAGUUUAAAUAAGAAAAAUAUAUAAUCCAUGCUGAGUUAUGGAGUGAACAAUGCUCAAAUGUGCAGAUGUUAAAUUUGUAGAGCCUUUAACAAAUUUUAGGAUGGAAUUAGAUUGGCUCUUAUAAGGUAUACUUCUCUGUAUGCGGCUGCAUGUGUCUGCAUGUCAUCAAAAAUAGCCAUGCGUGUCAGUGCUGACACGUGUGUCAUAGGUUCACCAUCACGGUCCUAGAGUCACACAUGACUAGACUUAAUGUCAAGGGGAAACCUUUACUUAGUGCACCAUCGAUUGUAAUAGGCCCCUAAAUUUUGAAAAGUGAGGGAGAAGCUGGCUGGGAAGAGGGGGGCCAUUUUCCAUUACACAGCACUUAGAAGUAUUUAGAGUUUGAAGAACCAUACACAUUUUAGGUUUAAAGAACAAAACCUGGACACAAUAAGAGCAUAGGACCAGUCAUAUUUGGUCAAAUUUUCUGGGCUCUCCUGUACAAAUCACAUUAUACAUCUGCUACCCUGAAGAUAGUAAAAUAAAUGUAAUCACAGCAGCAACUGCCUUUUCAUUUCCUUCAGAUGCAGAAGGUUGUAUUUUUACUGAAUGAGUGCGGUUUCUUCAUGUCUUCAAAUCUACAGACUUUCCCCAGUAUUAAGAUGCACCGAAGUCCUGCUGAGUCAUUUUCAGAUUUAAAUAAGCAACGGAUUUAAGCACAAGCCAAGUAAAUGGGGCCUCUUCAAACUGGCAUAGCUCAUUUCCUCAACAUGUCUUAGCACAGGCAGUGAACACUCGCACACAACUGAAUUCCGAUCCUUGCAUAUAAUGGAGCUACACUACUUUAAAAAGAAAGUUUGUUCCAUCUGGGAUGCAGGCUGCAAGCACUGAAACCUCGCAGAAAGGCUGUUUUUUUGCAAAGCGUACAAUCAUGAGCACUGCAGGGAAAGUCAUCAAAUGCAAAGCUGCCAUAGUCUUUGAAGCUAAGGGACCACUUAAGGUUGUGGAAAUAGAAGUGGCCCCUCCAAAAGCACAUGAAGUUCGUGUCAAGAUUUUGGCUACUGGAAUCUGUCGCACAGAUGACCAUGCACUGAAUGGUACAAUACAAGUGAAGUACCCCACCAUUCCUGGCCAUGAAGCAGCUGGAGUUGUGGAGAGCAUUGGGGAAGGAGUUACCUGUGUGAAACCAGGAGAUAAAAUCAUCCCACUCUGUCUCCCACAAUGUGGGAAAUGCCGACCUUGCAAGAAACCUGAAGGCAACUUGUGCGAACAAACUGACUUUUUCAAAAACACAGGGUUAAUGUAUGAUGGCACUAGCCGAUUCUCUUACAAAGGUAAACCAAUUCACCAUUUUGCUAACACCAGCACCUUUACCGAAUACACCGUGGUGCAUGAGGAUUCAGUGGCCAAAAUUGAUCCUGCAGCCCCACCAGAGAAAGUCUGUCUGAUGGGCUGUGGCUUUUCCACUGGAUAUGGCGCUGCCACCAAAACUGCAAAGGUGACUCCUGGUUCGUCUUGUGCUGUUUUUGGUCUGGGAGGAGUUGGCCUCGCGGUGAUCAUGGGCUGUAAAGCGGCUGGAGCAUCAAGGAUCAUUGGGAUCAACAGAAGCAAGGGAAAGUUUGCCAAAGCUAAAGAGGUGGGAGCUACUGAGUGUGUCAGUCCUUUGGAUUUCAAGAAGCCCAUCCAUGAAGUGCUACUUGACAUGACUGAUGGGGAAGGUGUCGACUAUUCAUUUGAAGUGGUUGGAAGCACAGAGACCAUGAUUUCUGCAUUGGCUUCCUGCAACUUGAACUAUGGCACCAGUGUGGUUGUGGGAGCACCACCUUCAGCAUCUGAGAUGACUUUGUCUCCAACACUUAUUUUUACAGGACGCACUUGGAAAGGCUCUGUUUUUGGAGGCCUGAGAAGCAAACAUGAUAUUCCUGAGCUGGUUUCAGAAUUCAUGGAGAAAAAGUUCAAUCUGGAUCCACUAAUUACACAUGUUCUGCCUUUUGAUCAAAUCAAUGAAGGAUUUGAACUGCUCCGUAAUGGAAAAUGUAUUCGCACUGUCCUGAAAAUGUAAAGACCCUGUGGUGAAAAUACAAGAUAGCUGAAUUCCAGCAGACCUAUCAACUGCAAAUUACAUCAUGGAACAUCUGUGAAAAGAAUUGUAUAGUGUUGUAUUGCAAGUUGCAAUAAUUGUUAAUUCAUCAAUCAAUCUUAUCUUUCUGAGUGUGAAAUACAAAAUAACUCUAUCUUUUGAUUCAAACCUUAUACACAGUCUCCAGGGCAUUGAAAAUAUGAAUUCAGUAAAUUCUGGCAUUAGCUAAUGAAUAAAACUUUUCCCCAAUAACUGUUUCAUGCCUCUUUGUAAUUAAGGCUGCCUAAAGAUAGACCAUAGUGCGUGACUUCUCAUGACUACUGCUGUGCAACCUAGGAGGAGGACAACUACUACUCUAGUUAACCAACACAAUUCUGGCUUUAGGCUGCAAUCCUGAAAGUUUCCUUGAUCUCAGACACCUAUUUCUAAGUGGAUAAGCAUAGUAUUUCACUGUGGAUGAGUUUCUUGAAAUCAUUCUACAGAAGUAAAUGUGGUAAGUUUGCUCAUUGCUCUUAAGCAUAAUGUUAUAAAUGCUUGGUGAUGCAUAAAACUACAAUAAUUUUCUGGAAACUUACCAAUUUUUUAAAAGCUGUAAAUUUCUAAUAUAACUGAGAUACCAAUAGGAAUAAAGAAUAAAUAUUUUUCUCAAGGA